UCAUCAACAACUGGUUUGCACUUUCUGCUUCAUCACAGUGCUUCUUCAACUGGAGAAUCAGUGAGAUUCCAUCCACCAUAAAUGGCAUGCCUUAUCGUACUUUGUUUUCAUCGAUCGACAACACACACCAUGCAAUACACCACAAACAGUUCUGAAUCAAGCAGCAGCUCCAGUACAGGUCCGGGGCGUCACCCAACCUAUCGGGGUGUAAGGCGCCGGAGCAGUGGAAAAUGGGUGUCAGAAAUUCGUGAGCCAAAGAAGCCUAAUAGAAUCUGGCUAGGCACAUUUUCCACACCAGAAAUGGCUGCGGUUGCGUAUGAUGUCGCUGCUCUGGCUCUCAAGGGUCAAGACGCUGAGCUUAACUUCCCGAACUCGGCAUCUUCAUUGCCUGUGCCUGCCUCCAAUUCAUCAAGAGAUAUCCAGGCCGCGGCAACCUCUGCUGCCGCUGCUAUAGGGGCAGCUGCUGCGGCCAUGGGAGUAGGGAAUGGUGCUACUUCUACCAGGCCGAGUACUGAGAGUGGUCAUGGCCAUGUGCUAAAUGAUCAUGAGUUUAUCGAUGAGGAUCUGAUCUUCGAUAUGCCUAAUGUUUUAAGGAAUAUGGCAGAGGGAAUGCUUCUUAGUCCUCCUCGCUUGGAUAUAGCUGGUGAUUAUGAUGCAUUUGCCGCUGAAGAACAUGGCAACCUUUGGAAAUUUAAUUAGUCCAUCUUUCUAUAUAUAAUAACAUAUCCAGUGUUCAAGGUUAGGGAAAAGUUAAUA